UGAGUGAAACCAACCAAAAUAACUUGUUGAAGAGCAAAUUUCUGCAAUGGAAGUGCAAGGAAAUCCAAUGAGAAACAUGGUGGAAGUGCUGGAACAGCUUGAAAAAACCGUAAGAUCUGAGAACCAUAAAGUAGACCUUCAGCUGAUUUCUCAUGCGUGCAACCUUGGAGCUCAGUUUGCUUCUUCCUUUUUUGAGGGUUUCUUCGAGUAUGGCGCCGUGGAAAUCGAAGAUAAGGCAAAGAAUUUGAAAGAAGCUGCAACAAAGUACAUUACGGUGGAGGCUAUGCUGGAUUAUGAGAUUUCAAAUGGUCUCGCAAGAAAUAACAAUAGCCAUACAAGAUUUCUUCUCAGGGUGAAGCGCUCAGCAGAUUUACUGAGGGUGUUUUUCCAGGGAAUCCUUGCAAGAGAGGGAGAUUCUCUAGUUCCUCCGCUCAGGAAAGCAUAUGAUGAGGUGUUUGGUGCAUACCAUGGGGUGAACACCAAGAGCGCUGUUUAUUCUAGCAUGGAAAUUAUGGAAUUGCUGGUCGACAAGACUGACUUCUUCCACUUGAUUGAUAAUAAUGCUACGACUGCGAGGGAGGUGAUGCAAAGAUACAUUUCAGCAUCAACCUGUGUUUGCCAACACGCUGAGCAGUUGUAUCGCUCUACCAAAGUUGGUGAAGAAUUGCUUAGGAUGAUUUGAAUCACCUCCUUUUAUCUGCUAGAAUGAACUUAAUUAGUUCUAUAUCUUGGAUUGAUGUGUGGUUGUACUUACGAUCUAUUUGGAAUGUUGUUUCUCGUCGUUUCGUGAUAUAUUGUAUUGUACUGUAUUAUGUUGUUUAAGCAAUGCUCGGACCGUGUUGUUUGUUGUUGAA